AUUACGUCUAGCAACACCAUCAUCUACUUUACAAAAUGGAACCCAUCUUGAGAGGUCCCUCCUCAAGGCCUCAUGGCCAGCAUCACUAUCUCUUCUACUGUUGCGAUUAUUUGCCUCUCUUUUCUUGUGAAUUUCCUUUUACGAUGGACACGCAAGUCGAUACGAAUCCGAGGACCACCGAACCCAUCGUUUCUCUUAGGUCAUGAAUGGAUGCGCCGGCACCAGAAUAACCACGGAGACUUGGAAAUGGAUUGGUUUCGCAAGUACGGGGCUGUUUACCGGACAAGUGGGUGUUUCGCUCAAGAUAUCCUGAUGGUUUCGGACCCCAAAGCCCUGCAUCAUAUGUUCCACUCCUCUGAUUAUCGUUUCAUCAAGACUAGAGACACGAUCUUUGUGUUGGAUCUUCUGCUUGGACAGGGAAUACUCUCGGUGCAAGGGGAAAAGCAUCAGCACCAACGCAAAGUGCUCAGUAUCGCCUUCUCGUCUGCACAGCUACACCAGUCCCUGCCUAUGUUACAAUCCUGUGGCGCUAGGCUCGUGGAACGCCUCAAGGACAUUUCGGACGAUCACACAGGCGCAAUAAAUGUCUUGGAAUGGACGCGUAAAGUUGCUCUGGACAUCGUUGGCACAGCCUCGUUUAGAUACCACUUUGGUAUGCUUGACGGUGAGCACAGCGAACUAGGAGCCGCUGUGACGAAUCUCCUCGGUGACGCCCAGAUAAACCCUUCUACGAAAGAACUGUACAUCCGAAGUCUAUGGCGAUAUUUACCUGAUCGUGUACUGAAAAUCAUGAAAGACCGAAUGGCGAGCAGGGAGAGCACACGAUUUACGCUUUUCGGCCGCACGGCUAAAGUAGUCGCGAAGCAGAUAUUCCAAGAACGACUCCCUGUUGUCGCCGGGCAAGCCGAUUUGUCCGAAAAAGAUAUUGUCAGCCUUUUAGCGAAAUCGCAUCUCUCUGAUGAUGAAAAGGACAAGAUGACUGAUGAUGAAAUACUGUCUCAACUAGCCACAUUCAUUUUCGCUGGUCAUGAAACCACAGCAUCGACUUUGGCGUGGUUUUUAUACGAGCUGAGUUCGCAUCCGGAGCAUCAAGCCAGGAUUCGCGAGGAGAUUGAAGCUUGCCAAGGACAGAUCUCAUCAUUAGCUAACUACGAUUCUAUGUCGUUCUUGAACGCUGCUAUAAAAGAAGUCCUUCGUUUGCAUCCCACCAUUCAUUCGCUCGUGAGGAUGCCGAGCAGGGAUGAAGUUCUUCCCCUAGCAGAACCCAUUAGAACACAGGACGGAAGAACCUUGAAUGAAGUCCCUGUUUCGAAGGGCCAGACUGUUAUCGCGUCUCUGUAUGUUUACAAUCGUAUGCCGAGCAUAUGGGGAAAAGACGCCGGUCAAUGGAAUCCUGAGCGUUUCCUUGACAAUGAUAAGAAGCAAGGGCCGCUUGGGGUGUACGCGAACCUUAUGACGUUUAGUACUGGUGCUCGUUCUUGUCUUGGUUGGCGAUUUGCAGUGAUGGAGAUCCAAGUGGUCAUUGUAGAACUGCUCCGGAUAUUUGAGUUCAGCCUUCCUAAAGACGGAUCUGUAAUGCGAGAGUACCCUGGUUCUCAGAUGGUCAUCCCGCUUGUGAGCGGGAAGACCAAUGAAGGAGCACAGGUCCCGUUACACGUGAAGGUGGUCGAGAGGUCGACGCAGUAGUGAUGGGGUGAUCCAUUCCGCGUCUUCCUGUUCCGUCUUCGCCUUUUUUUAUUCG